AUGAAACGUGUUAAAAGUAUAGUAGCACACGAAUGUUCAUAUCUAGAUGAUGACAGGGAUAUUCGUCGACAAUUAGCCGACGAAUUGAGUGUAAGUAAUUCAGCUCGUCUAAAACGACUGAAAAUUGAUCGCCGUUUUGCUGUGGCUACUGCAAUUCUUGUCAGUGAAUAUUUGUUAAGUUGCACAAAACAAGUCCAUUACGCAGUCGGUCACAAACACGAAUUUCACGACGCGAAAUAUAGUGUUCGAUAG